UUCCUAAUCUGUAUCCCCGCCAUCUCCCAAAAUGUCCUUAACCGCUCGACCCUCCUCCUCGUCGAAUCUUCGAUCCUCGAACCCCGCCCCGACAGCAUCUCCCUCAGUAUGACCUCCGCGUUGGACCUCCCCGUCUCGCUCCCCGUACGCAUCGACCCCAUGGCGCUCGAACUGUUUAACCGCGAACAACCCAUGAACAACACAUGGGGCAAGGUAUAUCUGGGCCCGUAUUUGGUCAAGGGAAACACCACGUUGGGUGUCACGAACCAGCAUACGCCAAUUGACCCGGAGCAGUGGUAUGAUUAUGUAUGGAAGUUCGUGCAUCUGCAUCAUCCACCGCUGUCGGUGCGCGGGAAGACCACGUCGUACUUAGGACAGUUGGUUAGUAAGGUUUCUAUGGAUAAGGAUAUUCCGCAGACAACGUUGAAUAACUUCACUGGAUUCUCUAUUGAUGACAGUACACUCAUCGAGGCCCGCGAAGAUGGCACCAAUCUGCUCGCCAACGCCACUCUUCCCAAUCCCUCUGUCGUGACAUUGGAAAUCGGAAACACAACACUGAACCUCUUCAGCGGCGACAUCCUCCUCGGAAACGCCACUCUCCCCAACCUUUUCCUCCGCCCCGGCAACCACGCGACCCCCGUCGAAGGAAUCCUCGACCUCAGUAUACUCAUCAAAAACCUGUCCGAAAUCGUCAAAGACCAAGCCGAUUCUCUCAAAAAAGGCAACCUCCGGCUCAAAACCAUAGGCGCCAAUGUCGAAUGGAAUGGCGUCCAGGUCCCCUACUACACGAAGGUCAUGAAGGGUCUCACCCUGGAAGCAGAUGUGCCGAUAGCCGGGUUACUCGGAAACACCGUUCAAAGUCUAUUCCACGGCAAGGACAAUCCAUUGGCGAAUUUAUCCCUCACCAUGCCGGAGACGGAUGACAGUGAUGGGAGUAUCCUGGAUGGUACUGCUCUGGAUAAUCUGAGGAAUCUAAAAAGGGCCAUGAGCGAUGUUGAUUUGGACAAAUACAAAACGAAGAAACGUGGGAUGGAAAUGACCAUCGCGGAUCUCAUGGCGAGGUUAUAA